AAAGCACUUUCGUUGUUCUGUGCUACCAUGAGCAGCCCAGCCACUCCUUGCUGCCUAUAAAUCAAAGACAGAAGCAAUGUCAGGAACUGCAAACAAAAGGGAAGAUUGGGGAUUGGACAAAGACUGUGAAUGGGGCUUAGAGGAGGAGAAUAAAACAGAGUGUGCAUCACUGGAGUUAAAAGCUUGCUGACAAGAAGUAUGAGAGAACACGGAGGGACAUGAAAUCUGUCAUGGUGCAGCGAAAACGAAUGGGAAGGAGCCAAACAGGUCUUCCUGCUGAAAUCUCAGAGACAAAUCUAUCCCAGAGGGUUAAGAAACCUCCUUCUGAGUGGAGUAGAUGGGAGUUGCUGACUAUUUUUGGUGCUGUUUUUAUCCUGCUCUACAUCUUGCUAUGUUAUGAAAACUUCCAUUUCCAUGUGGCUCAUAUGUAUGCUCACCUAGGGUAUCCCAAUGCCCAGCACAUUGUGGGACAGAGAUACUUAAAAGGAGCUGGUGUGCAAAAGAAUGAAGAGAAAGCUAUGCAAUGGUUCAGUCAAGCUGCAGAGCAGGGCCACCCUCACUCCUCUUUUAAUUUGGCUGUUGGAAAACUGAAGAACAUGACAGUGGGGCUUGAUGAAAGGGAAGUGGAAAAACUUCUCAGUAGAGCUGCUGGUCAUGGACUCCAAGAAGCCCAGAAUCUCCUAGAGAAUAUCAGGAACAGAAAUCAGCCCUGAGAGACCAGCAGUAUUUAAGAACUAGAGUACGAGCCGCUUCUGUCCAAGGACAUCUGCUUUUUUUCCACUGUUACAUUUCCAUUACUCGGAGCUACUGUUUCUGCCUUGUGCUCCAUGUUAAUUGGCAUGAUUUGUGGUUCCAGAACAAACUAGCUGUAACUCCAUUCAAGAAAAUGAAAUGUCCAAAAUGCUGGUAUUAAGACAAACUGGGGAAUUGCCUUCGGAUUUAAGACAGUUGUUCGGGCAAAAGAAUUUAUUUAUGUCACACAACAGUUCUUUGUGAUUGAAGUAAAUGCGACAUAUCUAUUUACUGUGCAAUCUAUAAUGGAAAUUAUCUUUAUUUUGCAUUUGCUACUGCUUAAAAGCUGCACUUUCACAAUGCAUUUGCUAGAGAAAAUAAUUACAGUGAACAGAAGAUGCUUCCAUGUUCAUGGUACUCUUUUUUCCAAGCUAGUGUGGGAAUAAUUGCAUUGAACAGGAGGCACAGUUUCUGUCCCUAGAUAUAUGUUAUUGUUCUGGUAAUAAACAUUUGUUUUGUGAGAUGUUAUGGGCUGUAUGCUCUCACACUGUUGUCAUGUGUACUCAGUAACCUUAUUUAUGGAAGAACAUGGGAACAAUUUACAAGGCUUCCUGGGCUAGGUGUUGAAAAUGGGUCGACAAGGCUAAUGCAUGAAGUGGCUUCCAGCCACAAAAAGCUGCCAUUUUACCAUAGUUUUUAAUCAAAGUGAUAAAAGAGCCUCAUGUAUGAGGUGCCUGACACAUCACUUUUCAUCAUUUCCUUUCACUUCUCUGCAUUCUUCAAGGAAAGUACAAGUGAAACAGUUGUCUUUCAGAGAACAAUAGGUUUGAGGCUGGAAGAUAGAUUGUUCUGUGUGAUUCCUUUGUCUAUAUGUAAAUGUAUUUAAUCAUGGCCAUAAAGGGGAUUAGUCAUCAUUCAAGCACUGCCUGGAAUUUGAAGUCCCGCAGUUGUUUGUUUGGUCCUAAAGCCACAUGUUCUGGCCAAUGAGAGAAAGAGAGAACUGGCCUUUGGGAUAGCUCUCUGCAUAUUACAAUUGCUGAAGGAAAAACCAAUAUCAUACCAGUGAUGGUAACACACAACAGAUAAUGUGGAUGUCAUUCAAGAGUAUGCAUGCAUCUUUAAAUGCAUGUCUAUGCACAACUGGAAAUCCUAACUCAAUCAGGGAUUUCAGAGAAAGUGCACAAGUAUUUAAAGAGGAGGGUCAUAGUUCAGAGGUAGAGCAUCUGCUUGACAAGAUCCCAGCUUCUAUUCCUAGCAUCUCCAGUUGGAAGGAUCAAGUAACUGUGAUGUUGUAAGACUUCUGCCUAAGACCCUGGAGAGCUGCUGCUCAAUAGGCAAUAUUGAUGUGAUGGACCAAUAGCCUGAUUCAGUAUAAGGCAGCUACAUGUGUUCAGAUGAUUGGGAUGUUUGGUACAAGGAAAGACUGGUGUCAUUUGAGCAUUUCCCUGAGCAAUUUUAAUGUGCAGAACUGCUCUUAGUACUUGGGCAUGUUAUUGGCCUUUCAUGAAUAAACAGGAGAAGGGGAGUUUUAUUUCUCAGUUCUAAUUUUAAUCUAAUGCAGUCCUAUAUUGAUGUAGGACAAAUAGGUCAAUCUCAGUGCCAAAGAAAAGAAGGACAGACAUUUGAUGUCAAAAAGUCAGUGUUUAAAAAUGGAGAAAACAUUUCAGUCACCAAUGAUAUCCUGCUUUCUGGUCUGAUAGUCAACAUUUGUCAACCAACAAAGGUACUUAAAAGGAAGUCUCCAAUGUGUAAUUGCUUAAUAUAGAAUUUAUGAGUACAUUUAAUUGUAUCAACCAGGACUUGAAAGAGAUACAACUUAUUUCUAACCUACAGAUGUUAAAUUUGUCGUACCAACAAUUACAGUUUCUGUAAAUGGUCAGUAAUGUACGGUAUAUAUUUAUGAUGUUUUUUACUUGCCUGUAUUUCAUGGCCUUCUAACCACACUAUUCACCAUUCCCCCCUUGUAAAUUCCUUUUUCCUAGUCCCUAGCAAUAAAUCUGUUAAUGUUUA